AUGCCACUUUCCCUGAUCCACCGCCGUAGAAGGCUUGGACAGGCGCCCGAUCCACCCCGAGCACCGAACAGCUCCAUCCACGCAACUUUUGCAACCCAGCCAGUAUCCAUCUACAACAUCGCUACCGACACCGACGACGCAGACGACGCAGACGAUUCGCUCUCCACCCUGAGCUCAUCUAGCACCGAGACCGCAACAUCGGGCACUGUCAGCUGGCUCCCGAUCUACCAGCUAAGCAACUGCAGCGAAGCCGACACGUUUGACGACUCCAGCUCCAGCUCCAAUGUUGAAGCCAUGUCUUACUUCGUCCCCCUCCCCAUCUCCAUGCACGGCCGCCGCUACGUCGCGCUGCGCGCCGCGACGUCGGACAACACGAUCGCCGCGCGCGCCUCGCAAGUCUACGCGAUCAUCACGCAGGAAAUACUGCCACAGCACCUACACCUAGAACAAAUACGUCUCUCCGCACCACCCGUUUUCCCGGCGUGGGGUCCGCCGCCGCCGAUGCAUCCGCGCAUCAUGGUCGUCUGGGGCGACGAUUCCCGCGCCGCCAGCUCGCUGGACAUCAUGACCGGCCUCUUCAUCGACGGCUUUUGCGGCGACACCGGCGCUCUCCUCCGCCCCGACCGCUCCUGGCUCAGCCACUUCGACGCCUUCGCCCCACCCAUUCUGAACUGCAGCCCGGAGUCCCUGUUUCGAUACCGCGCGGAAAUCCUGCCGCUCGGCCCCCUCGUCGUCAUCGUCUUCGCCGAGAUGCCGACUCCCCAAUUCGACCUGCAAGAAGCGGCGGACGACGAGUUGUUCCUCGACGACGACGAUCCAGAUGAAGACGAAGGGCGCAAGAGCGAGGCGAGAGAGCGCCGGCGCCGGCUACGCGAGCAAAUAGAGUACCUCCGCCAGACCAGGGUGGUGCGCGCCGUGGCCUAUAUGUGGUAUGCGGUCACCGAAUUUGCCGGCGCGGCGGUCGACGGGCGCGGCCGCGUCUACACGAUUCUCGACCCGCGCAACGAGUUGGAGCGGAUCGCGGCGAGCGCGCUGCAGCGCAUAAUGCUUCUGGAGCGCGCCGAGGUGCCGGAGUUGGUGGUGAGUAUGGCGGAGGAUGAGGAGGUCGUGGAUCCUGUUGAUGGGAAUGUGGACGUGGGGGAUGAUGAUGAUGGGGAGGGAGGUGUUUCGUUGGGCGGCUCUUGA